AUGUCCGGAGUACCCACACGUCCCCUGGGAAAAAAUGGCCCAGAAGUGACUCGAGUAGGUUUUGGUCUCAUGGGUCUGAGCAGCUACUAUGGAAAGCCGUUGCCGAUCGAAGAGGCACUUCAUGUCCUUGAUCGGGCUCAUGAGCUUGCUGAUGUCUACGACGGCAAUGAGGAGCUACUUCGAGAAUGGUUUGAGAGAAACCCUGAGAAACGCCAGGACAUAUUCUUGGCCACGAAAUUUUCUUUGGGUGCCCUUCCAGAUGGAACGACGUCGCGGGAUUCUUCACCCGCUUAUGCCUUGCGUGCAUGUGAAGCGUCUUUGCGCAGGCUCGGUCUUUCUUAUGUCGACCUAUACUACUGCCAUCGACUGGAUGGCAGGACCCCCGUUGAAGAGACUAUCAAGGCCAUGGUUGAGCUCAAAAAUGCCGGCAAGAUCAAAUACAUCGGGUUGAGUGAAUGCAGCGUGGCGUCCCUUCGCAGAGCACACAAUAUUCACCCUAUUUCGGCCGUACAGAUGGAGUACUCGCCGUUCUCACUGGAAAUCGAGAGUCCAGAAUAUAAGUUGCUGGAGACAUGCAGAGCCCUUGGGGUUGCUUUGGUUGCUUACUCACCUCUGGGACGCGGUAUAAUGAGCGGUGCCCUGCGCUCUGUGGCAGAUUUCGAGGAGGGCGACUUCAGAAAAACAUUGCCUCGGUUUUCGGUGGAGAACUUUCCGAAGAACCUGGAACUUGUUGACAGUAUCGGUAAGUUAGCGGCGUGCAAGGGUAUUCAUCCGUCGCAGUUGACCCUCGCUUGGCUGCUCGCCCAGGGAAGUGAUAUUUUCCCCAUCCCUGGGACAACCAAGGUUGAGAGGCUGAGGGAGAACGUGAAUAGCAUGUUUGUUGAGCUGUCUCAGGGAGAAGUCAUGCAAUUCAGAAAGGCCGUUGAAGAAGCCAACGUCCAGGGAGACCGCUCUUCCAAAGAGUUGACCGAGAUGCUGUUUGUGGAUACUCCGUUGCCGUGA